AUGACUUUCCUUCCAAAGUGGUUAACUUUUCUAAAAGGCAAAGAGGUUGUUAUUGCUAAUGCUAUAAUUGCAAUACUAACAAUUGGUGGGCAGCAGCUUUUCUCUUUUUUUACAUUCAGCUGUCCCUGUCAUGUCGGGCAGAACCUUGUCUACGGGCUGGCUUUCCUUGGAGUUCCUGCACUUAUCCUUCUGAUUGUUGGCUAUGCGCUGAAUAACCAGACUUGGAGGCUGGUUACAGGCAAAAGGUCUCCUCUUGAGGGACAGACCACACCAAACCGAUUACUGCAAUGCAAACUGGUCUGCUUUGUCUUAUGCAGCAUCACUGGGAGAGCGCUGGUUGCUCCAGUAACGUGGCUAGCAGUUACCCUGAUAAAUGGUUCAUAUUAUGUAUGUGCUGUGAGUGAGUAUGUCCCUGUGCAUUAUUAUGAAGCUAAUCCUAACAUUACUGCUAGUGAACGUAGAAGGAUAUUGGCUGCAUUUCCAUGCAGUCAGUUAGUUCCUCCAGAGCUGACCCGGGCAAGAGAUGAAGUAAUUCUCCUACUCCGAUACCAGUCACAAGUGGCUGGCUGGCUUCUGAUUGCUGUGGUAGUCAUCACUGUCUUCCUGUCUUACUGCCUGGCCAGUUGCUUCUCCCCGCUCAGCUUUCUACAUUUCAGAUACUGGAGCAACUACGUCCAUAAUGAGCAGGAGCUCUUUGAUGAAGCAACAGACCAGCACUCCAGGCUCUAUGCCAUGCAGCACGUAAGGAAGUUCUUUGGCUUUGUCCCAGGGAGUGAAAAUGUAAAGGAAAUACGCAUCCCAUCUCUCAGGGAGUGGCAAGCCAUUUCUGGACUGGCCUUUCUAAAACGAGUGGAUGCAGAGCACUACGACUACAGCCUCCUCCAUGACUGGGCACUCAAGGAGUCUGUAAAUGGGAAAUACCUGAAGACUGAUGAAGACCCUGUGAUCAGAACACAGGUCUGA